CGCUGAGUUACGUCACACACGACAUAGAAUUACAAUUUUCGUGGUGGCCCAAGUUGGUCUUCUCUCUCUUCUAUUGUCAGUAAUCUUUGCCACGAGGUGUGGCUAGUGAUUUAUUUUAUUUUCGUAAACAAAAAUUUAUCUCGUUAUAUAUACACAGUAAUAAGUGUUUACUAGUACAUACCUUGCCUCGAGUAAUCUAGGCGCGUCAUCAGCAUAACCUCAAAAUUCAAUCGUUCAUGUUACAAAAUUAUACCAACUCAAUUGACCUUUGCCAUCAUUCAUAAAUCAUUUCAGUUGGCAUUUUCUCGUGAAAAUUAUUCAACCGAACAGUUCAAAUUUUUGUUUAAAACUAAAAAUUAAUUUGUUUUAUUAAAUAUUAUAAGGAAGUUUUUCAAAAUUCCGGUCCACACUAAGAAACGAGAAAGCGCCCAAUUAACAGGCGACAAAUAUCUGCAAUUCAGUGACUAGGAUUUCUCUUUAAUCAGUACCAUGAAUAACAAAAGAAAAAAUCGUUCUAAUCCAACUAGAUCUCCUCGAGCUCGAGGUCCUCAAGAGAGAAGUGUUGUUGCCGAAGGGGUUUACAACAAUGCUCAUUUUAUGCAUGCGAUAACAAGCCAUGUUGGCAAUAUAGUUCAGAUCCAAACUCAAAAUGGUUCAUUAUACGAAGGUAUAUUUAGAACUUUUUCUAGCCAAUUUGAAGUAGUUCUGGAAAUGGCUCAUCGUGUAGAGAGCUCAGGCGAAAUUUGCGUAGAUACUGUGGUUGAAAAACUUAUAUUCAAACCUCAAGAUAUUAUUACAAUGUCUGCAAAAGAUGUAGACUUAGAUUACGCAAUAAGAAAUACAUUUCAAACUGACACAUCAAUUAGUAAGUUUAAUGGCUUAGUAGGAGAAAAAGAACUUGAACCAUGGGAUGCACCAGCAACAAUAAAUGGCGACGAUUAUGAAUUGGACGGAGCUUCUAAUGGCUGGCCUGCUCAUGAAAUGUUCAGUAGAAAUGAACAAAUAUAUGGUGUACAGACUACGUUUGAACCGUCUUUGGUUGGUUAUACUCUUCCAUUACAUCGUAAAGAUACUAAGGAAUUCAAGGAUCAAGAGCAAAAAGCAUCAGAGAUAGCUAACGAAAUAGAGGCUCAACCUAAUCAUAAAGCUCGAUUAGAUCUUGAAAAUGGUGAUGAGGAAGAACGUUUUGCUGCUGUGAUUCGACCAAAUAAUGAACCUAAAUACGUCCCUCCUGCAAAAAGAAAUAGCGUUAAUUCUGGUAAAUUAACACGAUCAACUCCACCGCCACCGUCACCUAGUACAGUAAAUAAUAAAAAUAUGUUUAACCAUCCACCUCCGGGAUCAACAACGAAUUCUUCUCAGCCAAGUAACAUUCCACUAGGAGGUCCGUCAAAUCAUCCUCCAGUACAACAUCCGAUAAUGGCCAUGCCACCAAGUGGUGUUGUUGUUACUUACAAUACACCGCCUCCGUUUGUUCAACCACCAACAACGCAACCUCUGCCUGUGACAGCAAUGCCAGUUAUACCUCAAAUGCAAACUCAGCAUCAACACGGAUCAACUAUGUCACAAGUUGCAUUUGCUCCACAGCAGCUACCACCAUCAAAUAAAUUAAAUCUUGAAAAACGAGAGCGCCCAGGAAGACAACAAGGUUAUCAAAUAGAUAAAGCGCCUCCUGCACCGUUUCCACAGACUGCGACUUCUCAUCAACAACAACAGCAGCAGCAACAACAACAACAGCAGCCCCAACAACAGCAACAGCAACCACCACCACAACAACAACAGCAGCAACCACCAACUCCAUCACCACAGCAACAGCAGCAACAGCCAUCACCUCAUACUCCUCAUAGUUCUAUUCAGCAACAAAAUUCACUUGAAGGUCAGCGCAAUGAUCUUCUCACUAGUAAAUCUGAUCAUAGAAAAAUUUCAACUCCUAGACCAAGAGAUGAACAACACGCUGAAUUGAGACAAUUUUCAUCAGAUUUCAAAUUAGCUGAUCCACAAACGCAGGAAACUCCAUCCAUUCCACGUAAACAACAACAACAACAAUCGCAUCAUCAAGAUACACAUAUUCAACAAUCUAUGCCGCCAUCACAUCAUCCAACCGUUCAUCAACAUCAAAAGCCGUUAACACAGCCUCCACAACAUCAAGGGUCUCACCAACAGCAACAUCAAACGGUACAAGAAGAACCAAUUAUUGCUUCAAAACCACCUACAGGUUCAACAUCUUUACAGCCUACAACACCACCUCAAGUACAGCAACAAACCACACCGCCGAUGCAGCAAAGUCACGAACCUGCUAUUGAAAAAAUAACAACUUCGUUUAAAAAGUCAACAUUAAAUCCAAAUGCGAAAGAAUUCAAUCCAAACGCAAAGCCAUUUACACCGCGUUCGCCAAGUACACCAACUCCAAGCAGACCACAUACACCUCAAACACCACAAUAUUCUGGAGCUAUGCCUACAACAGUAGUUAUGACACCAGCCUAUGUCAUGACAAGUCAACCACCAACCGCCUUUUCUCAGCCUCAAGCCCAACCUGUAGCGAGGUUCAGGAAGGGUCAGUAUCUAGUACCAAUGAUGCAACAUCGAGCACCAGAUAUUGCAUCACAAAUGCAAGUAGCAGCCGCAACAGGCCAACCAUUGCUUGCUCCUGCCCCGUUGCAUCCAUCAUUUCAGGUGCCUUAUCCAGGACAACCAACUUAUCAACAAAUGGUUCGUAUGGUGCAAGCACCACAACCACCGCCACAUAUGGCUACGCCUUAUCAUCAUCAUCAUCAUGAGUCACCUGGGCCUCAAAAUCCUGGUAUUCAAUAUAUGGGACAUCAUGGACAUCCUCAUCAACAUCACGUAGGACAACAACCCCAGAGUCAAACACAAUCACCGGCUAAUCAAAAUCCCCAGCAUACGCCUGGUGCUUAUAAUCCAUCGGGUACACCACAAGCAUCAUAUCCACAACCACCACCUCAAGGUCACACACCGAAUUACCCAUUAAUGUGUCCAUUAAUUCCACCACAUUUAUCAAUUCCACCGCAACACAUGCCGUAUUUACCAGCUCAACCACCACCUGGUGCUCAACAAGCUAUACCAGUUAUUUUACCUCAUAAUCAAUAGCUACGACGCCGGUUGAGAAGAGAGAAACGUUAGUAUUUUUAUUGAGGCGCAAAAUAACUUAUAUUGAGGCAUAAAAAAGGCUCUAAGUAAACAUUCAAUAUUAAUAAAUAGAUCUUGAAUAAAAGUGAGUUUAUUUGAGCUUUUUACAUCUGUUGUUUUGAGUAUUUAGUGUCAGUUAUUGCUGCUGAUAAUUUGCAUUGAAAUUUUUUUAUUACACUUCUACAUAAUGCUCAAGUUCGUACCUUAUUAUUUAUUUUUUAUUGGUAACUGAGAUGUAUGAUGAAUGAAUAACUUCUUUUUCAUAAGAGCAAUGUUUCAAUGCAAUACUAAAUGACACUGUUAUGUUAAUCAGCUCAAAUCAUGAAAAAAAAAAAUA